UGAUCUUCCUUCCCCGCAUCUGACCGUACCAUGCCACGCAUCUCGCAGAUGUGUCGGUUGCGCAUGUGGGGUUGAUCUUCGCCCCUCCCCCUUUUCCAUUCCCUGACCUCUCGCUUGCUGUCUCGCUUGCACUGAAACCUGGAGACAGAGACAUGGUCAGCGGGUUCGUCCUCGAGACAAUUUUCAAUUCCACCUUCUGCUUUUAGAGCCUAUAUGGGCUCGUGCAAGAGGUAAUUCCCUUUUUAAUCGUUGAUUACAAGCACUGGACGUAUUCUACAGCGCCACUGAGGAAGCUGCGGAGUGUUACACAAGGCUUAGAAGGGAGACAAGUCCACCGCGGCCAUUUUUGGGCUUGGGUGAAGCUUGUCCUGCUCGGUGCAACUGACCCGAAAUCUCAGUGAAGCUUAACCCAAGCCACCAUCCUGUUAACUCUGGUCAAGCAACUCCGAUUUGUCCAACUUCUGCUAAAUCCGGCACUAACGGGAUGGCGUUCUAUGGGGAAAACGUGAAGAAACGCCUAUCUCAGCCUGUUCAGGCGUAGCGAACAGUUGUAGUUCAUCCAUUUUUCGAAGCUCGCUCUCUCGUCCAAACAUGUCUGAAAAGCUUCAUAAUCUGCCCUCGCGAAAUGGUGCCUUAUUCGGUAUUUGGAGCUGGUAACGCUCUUGUUAGACAAUUCUACACAGCCGGCACGCUAUUUGGCGACAUUUCAAGUGAGAAUACGUGCAAAAUUCGGAUCGGAACCUCACAAUACUGCAAAGAUGAAGGCACUCAGAAGUAUCCUAGCACUUUCUGCAACCAUCCUCGAAUUCACUUCGACGUCGACAUUCUCUCCUGCACGACCUCCUGCGAUCCCGCUUGCAGUCAAAUCCCCGUAUUUGAACCUUUACCAAUUUGCAGGAAGCGACGGAGGAAAUGGCGGCUUUUUGGCUGGACAGUGGUCGCAAUUCUGGGCUGGUCAGAUUGCAGCUUGGGCAGGAAUGAUCAAGGUAGAUGGAACCUCCUAUACGUGGAUGGGGAAUCCUGGACCUCAAAGCGUCACCCAGAAAGCUUUUGAGUAUACUUCAACCCGAAGUGUGUUUACCAUGGAUGUUGGUGGAAAGGUCGAAAUGAAUAUCACGUUUUUGUCAACUAUCACACCAGAAGAUCAAAAACGCCAAUCUUUGAUCUUCUCAUAUCUAGAUGUCGGGGUACAGUCCUUGGAUGGAAGUCCACAUGAUGUUCAGCUUUACACUGACAUUUCUGCUGAAUGGGUAGCCGGUGACCACUCUUCAGUUGCACAGUGGGAGUACGACACCACAGGCGACGAUAUCGCGUAUCAUCGGGUCUACCGGCAAACCCAGUUGGAAUUCAGUGAGAGUAACGACCAAGCCGAUUGGGGAUACUGGUACUGGGCGACCAAAAACUCCAAAAAGCUCACUUACCAAUCUGGCUCUGAUGUGGAUGUGCGUGGCGCUUUCGAGUCCAACGGGAAACUCGCCAACUCUAAGGAUACGAAUUAUCGACCCAUCAAUCAAGAUUAUCCAGUUUUUGGAUUUUCAAUUGACUUGGGUGCUGUGACUGGAUCUGUCAAUACGUUGUACACCAUAGGUCUUGCCCAAGAGCAAGCGAUUCAGUUCGAUGGUGCUACUGGCGUCGUUCCGCUUGCUUCGUUAUGGACCAGCUAUUUCUCAAGUGAGACAGAAGCUCUAUCAUUCGUCUAUAAUGAUUAUAGUACAGCAGCAACUACUGCUGCAUCGCUCGACAACAAAAUCGCUACAGAUUCCAUAGCAGCCGGUGGUCACGACUAUCUGACGAUCACGUCCCUCUCAGCUCGACAGGCACUAGGUGCGAUUCAACUUGUUGGAAAUUCUACCCAGCAGUAUCUUUUCCUGAAGGAGAUCAGUUCCGAUGGGAAUACACAAACAGUGGACGUCAUUUUCCCAUUCUAUCCUAUCCUGGUCUACCUCCAGCCAUCUCUUGCUAAAUUGAUGCUUGAUCCGUUGUUUGAGAAUCAGGAAUCCGGGCAAUACCCGAACAAAUACUCGAUGCACGACCUCGGUGCUCAUUAUCCAAAUGCCACCGGUCAUCCAGAUGGAAAAGACGAGCCUCAACCUCUGGAAGAAUGCGGAAAUAUGCUCAUUAUGACCUUGGCAUAUGCUCAGCGCAGCAACGACAACGCGUACCUCUCCCAACACUACGAGAUCCUGAAACAGUGGACUCAAUAUCUCAUAGACGAAGCGUUGAUUCCAGCUGACCAGAUAUCAACCGAUGAUUUUGCUGGGAGUCUUGCAAAUCAAACUGAUUUGGCUUUGAAAGGCAUAAUUGGCAUUCAAGCUAUGGCAGUCAUCGCGAACUUGACAGACAACUCGGUGGACGGAGUAAACUACACCAAUAUUGCACAAGACUACAUCACACAGUGGCAAACACUGGGAAUUGCUCACGACGCCACUCCACCACACACGACUCUCGCAUAUGGGAUGAACGAUACACAUGGCUUGCUGUACAACUUGUACGGGGACAGGCUGCUAAAUCUAAACUUCGUUCCUCAGAGCGUGUAUGAUAUGCAGAGCACAUUUUACUCAACGGUGGAACAGAAAUACGGCGUGCCGCUGGAUACGAGACACAAUUAUACUAAAAGUGACUGGGAGAUGUGGACUGCUGCUAUCGCGUCUGACUCAACGCAAACAAUGUUCAUCUCAGAUUUGGCAAAGUGGAUUAAUGAGACUCCAACUAACAAGGCUCUGACUGAUUGGUAUGAUGUUCAAACUGGAGACUUUGGGGGCGGAUUCACUGCGAGACCGGUUGUUGGAGGACACUUCGCUCUUCUGGCAUUGAAGGCGUAAUGGUUUGAUGUUGACACUGGCUCAUGUUGACGAAUAAUCUGACAAUAAUAUCUAUUGAUUUAGAGUAAUAUCAAAACUCUGAUAAGAAGACUCAAGUGACUUGCCUUGGAUCAUUGACCUCACCGCCGUCGUCUCGUCGCCGUCGGCUGCGCAUUGGCAUCGCAGCCUCGCUCACAAUAUCCGUCGGUAGUUGUUCAGCCG